AUGAGUUCAUUGUAUUAUGCCAACGCUUUAUUUUCUAAAUAUCAAGCCGCCAGUUCGGUUUUCCCGUCCGGAGUGUUCCCCGAGCAAACUUCGUGCGCCUUCGCCUCCGGCGGCCAACGCGCAGGCUAUGGGGCCGCGUCCGCGCCGCCCUUCGGCGCCUCCGUGGCCGGGCUGUACUCGGGGGGCGGCUCGGUGCACCCGCAGCCCCCCAGCGUGUACGCGCAGGGCUACGGGCUGGAGCCGGGCUCCUUCGGCGUGCCCUGCGCGGCCUUCGAGCAGAGCCUGCCCGCGAUGUGCGCGGGGGACGCGGCCAAGCCGGGCUGCGGCAAAGCGGAGCGCGGGGAGCCCGAGCUGCCCGGGGACGGCGGCAACUUCCGAAUCUACCCCUGGAUGCGGAGCACAGGGACGGACAGAAAGCGCGGCCGCCAGACGUACACGCGGUACCAGACGCUGGAGCUGGAGAAGGAAUUCCACUACAACCGCUACCUGACCCGGCGGCGCCGCAUCGAGAUCGCGCACUCGCUGUGCCUGACCGAGCGCCAGAUCAAAAUCUGGUUCCAGAACCGGAGGAUGAAGUGGAAAAAGGAGAACAAAAGCGCCGGGCCCGGCUCGGCCGGCCAGGAAAAGGCAGAGGCCGAGGAGGACGAGGAGGAGUGA